UUUAAGAUAAAAGGACACACUACACUUCCCUGCUUUUGUUCGAACACAGAACAAUUUUCACUGUUCAACAGAGAGAGAAAGAGAGAAAGAGAGAAAAAGGGAGAAAGAUAACAUGGUGCUUUACAACAAAAAUGGCUGUAAAUCGGUUUCCAUCAUAAUGCUUCUGCUUGGUCUAUUUCUCAUCGCCGCCGCAGACUCCAGCGGCAAAAUUUCACCGGUCGAAGACGGCUUGGUGGUUAACGGCGAUUUCGAGACUCCGCCGUCGAACGGCUUCCCCGAUGACGCAAUAGUCGAGGACUCAUCCGAGAUCCCGAGCUGGCGAUCAGACGGCACGGUGGAGCUAAUAAAGUCCGGUCAAAAACAAGGCGGGAUGAUCCUGAUCGUGCCUGAGGGCCGUCACGCCGUCAGAUUAGGAAACGACGCAGAGAUCAGCCAGGAUCUAACGGUGGAGAAAGGCUCAGUCUACUCCGUCACGUUCAGUGCCGCUCGCACGUGCGCACAGCUCGAGUCGCUGAAUGUCUCGGUGGCUUCCGAUGAGCCGAUCGCGUCGCAGAACAUUGACCUGCAAACGCUGUACAGCGUUCAAGGGUGGGACCCAUACGCGUGGGCGUUCGAAGCGGUUGUGGAUCGCGUCCGCUUGGUGUUUAGGAACCCUGGCAUGGAGGACGAUCCUACUUGUGGUCCCAUCAUCGACGACAUCGCCGUCAAGAAGCUCUUCACUCCUGAUAAACCCAAAGGCAAUGCAGUGAUUAAUGGAGAUUUCGAAGAAGGUCCAUGGAUGUUCAGGAACACGACACUUGGUGUUCUGCUUCCGACAAACCUUGACGAAGAAAUAUCAUCACUUCCUGGAUGGACCGUCGAAUCAAACCGGGCAGUCCGGUUCAUAGACUCAGACCACUUCUCGGUCCCUGAGGGAAAGCGAGCUGUGGAGCUUCUAUCGGGCAAAGAAGGCAUAAUCUCGCAAAUGGUGGAGACAAAGGCCAACGUUCCGUACAAGCUGUCUUUCUCGUUGGGUCACGCAGGCGACAAGUGCAAGGAGCCUUUAGCUGUCAUGGCGUUUGCCGGCGAUCAAGCUCAGAACUUUCAUUAUAUGGCGGAAGCGAACUCGACUUUCCAAGUAUCCGAUCUCAAUUUCACGGCCAAAGCCGACCGUACCAGGAUUGCUUUCUACAGCGUUUAUUACAAUACGAGGACGGACGAUAUGAGCUCCUUGUGUGGACCUGUGAUUGAUGACGUCAGGGUUUGGUUCUCUGGCUCUAGUAGAAUUGGAUUUGGGUUUCCGGUUUUUGUUCUUCUUCUUAUAUUGGUUUUAAUCUAGAUUGUUCCGGUUUAGAUUUCCUUGAAUGUUCAUAAAAUGUAUUGGUAGACCGGGAUUUUAUACGUGAUUCUAAUGUUGUAUGGUUUUAUGACGGUUCAAGCUACUAGAAAUGAGAAAGUAUUUAUCUUUAAUUAA